UCGAAAUCAUUGAAAAAAGCAAAUUUAUUAGCAAGUUGCCAGUAUCAUAAGCUAUUAGCAAUCACAAAUUUGUGCAAUUUUGCUGAGAUACGCUUUGCUAUCUGGAUUAUUUCUAUUGAAUUAUUUCUAUUUCAUCAAAAUAAUUAAUAACUUGUAAAUAGAUUAAUAAUUACGCGCAACUUUCUCACGAGAACGAGAUUGUCUAUAUAAAAAUAUAAAUGUAUAUACUCUAAUGAAUAUUUCCCGACGAUUAUCCGUAUCAUAAAUUUCAUCAUUUUAUCAUAUCUUAUUGCAAAUAAACAGAGAUCGUUAGGAAAGUUUCGAUGAAUGAAUACAACGCCACACCACGCCACACAAAUCGCUCAGUGAACGCAUUGUUUUCUCUAUUUUCAGUCUGUGUUUAACAAUAAAAAAUGGUGAAAAAUUGUUGUGUUAAAGGAUGUAGCGCAUCGUGGCGACCAGAUAUUGAUGUAUCAUUUUUUAGUUUCCCAUUGAAAAAUAAGGAUUUGUUAAAGGAGUGGUUGGAAAUUGUGCCAAUAAGUAGUAAUAUUUCAAAAUAUUCUCAAAUAUGCAGCGUUCAUUUUGACGAAUCACAGUACGAAUGUUUUUCUGGUAGACGGUUCUUAAAGAAGAAUGCAGUUCCUAGUAUAUUUCCGGAGGAUAUAGCCAAAUUUAAAGAAAUAGUUGAAGAAGUGGAAAAAUUAUAUCCAAAAUAUCAAAAUGUCGUGUUGGAAAGUAUAAAUAACAAUAAUUUUCAUGAUCAUUCUUAUUCGAAAAUGCAAGAGACAUUUCUUGUGUCAUCAGUAUUAAAUGAAACAGACAAAGCAAUACAGGUCACUCCUCGAACUCAGAGCGUAAGUACACAAACAUCAUCAAGAGCAACUGAAAAAGAAAAAGAAUUACGAUAUCGAAUUAAGAGUCUUCAAUCCAAACUGCGUCGCAAAGAACUGAAGGAACUGAAGAAUAUGAGGAUACCGAUUAAAUAUUCGCCGAUUAUGAACGAAAUAGCGACAGAACUGAGGACAGUAGUAAAAUCUAUCAACAAAUCAUCGGCUUACGUUCAUCAACUAAAUGAAAUGCUUAUCAAGUAUCGCGAAAGAGAACCAAAGAAUACCUCAACGUCAAGAGCAACUUUAUCAUCUUAAACACUUUAGGAAUUAAAAUUUCUAAAUGCAGAAGAUUACCUGAAACGUCGGAGAUACAUAAAAGUCCUGAUCAAUAGGAAAUGGCAUUCUAUAGUUGAUAUUAUGU